AARCUGAAGAGGGAGGCAUCAGCUGGUGAGCUUGAGUUGAAGAUGGAAAAAGAAUUAAAAGAGAAAUUAAGACAGGAGAUGAUGAAACAACUAGAGGAGAAAGACAAACAACUGGAAGAGAGAGACAAACUACUGAAGGGAAAAGAAAAUGAACUAAAAGAGAGGAAGCAGGAAGUAGAAGAGAAAGAUAACCUACUAGAGGAGAGAGAGAAGCAGUUAAAGGAAAGAGACAAACAGGUGGAGGAUGUCAACAAUGAAAAUGCUGAACUGGCUCAACAGAUAUGUGAUGUGAAGACUGAGGUAGAGAGACUGAGAAGAGAGAUCUCAGCCCAGAUGACUGAACCUGGAGAGACGUCAGAUACAGGUUCCAUACUCCCAGUCAGGAGGAGACACAGCAAGGAGCUUCCUCCACUUAUGGGAGGAGAGAGCAGCAGUCCAGACUCCCCAGUGUCUCCCAAAUAACAGAACUGGAGAGACGGCUGAAAGAAGAGAGUGAUGAGGAGACGAAAAGAGAGCUGGAAAGGGAGCUGAAGAGGGAGUCUGAUAGGAGGGAGGAGAUGGAGAGAAAGAUGGAGAGAUUUAGAGAGAAGACAGAGAAUGAGAGGAGGGAGAUGGAGGAGAGACAAAGACAGGAGAUAGAGGAGAUGAUGGAGAACUAUGAAGGAGAGGCCAGAGUUGAAGCAGAGAGAAACAUGAUGAAGAUAGUCCUACCUGAGUUACAGAGGAACAUCAUGAUCUCACAGACAAAGAUGCAGAGGGAGUUCAGCAGACAGAUGGAGCAGAAGAAUAGACAGAUGAAGGAGAAGAAUAGACAGAUGAAGGAGAAGGAUGGAGAAAUGAUCUCACAGUAGUGGAAAAAAUAGAAAAAAUGUACUCCAAAAAGUCCCUUUCUGAGCACUUCUACAUUACAAUGGGAAAGUAUGUUUGGACGGUUCCAUUUAAAUCAAAAGGGGGGAGUUAAAAAGUGAUUCAAUUCAAAUGGAUUUGUCCUAAAUCAUGUUCUCUGAUGUUGAAAUUUGAAUGAUUUUAUUAACUUCUGUAUAGACAGGAGUAGACUAAUUACAGAAUCUUUGCUCAUUUAAUUCAAUUUACUCCUAGCCUAUGGUGAGGGGAAUUAACUUGUUUUUCAUAGGUGAGUCUU